GGGGCACUGGUAGCCCUGCUGCCUCCAAAGCCCCUUUACGUGGUGUAGUAGUGCUGAGGGUUCAUGAUGCUCCGGACCUGUCAAGUGCUCUGUUCCCAGGCCGGCCCCUCCACUGGGGCCUGGCAGGCCCUGAGCUUUGACGGUGGGGCCUUCCACCUCAAGGGCACAGGAGAACUGAUGCGGGCUUUGCUGGUGCUACGGCUGUGCGCCUGGCCCCCGCUGGUCACCCACGGCCUGGCGCUCCAGGCCUGGUCUCAGCGACUCCUGGGCUCCCGACUCUCAGGCGCACUUCUUCGAGCAUCCAUCUAUGGGCAGUUUGUGGCUGGUGAGACGUCAGAAGAGGUGAGGGGCUGUGUCCAACAGCUCCAGACCCUAGGCCUCCGGCCCCUGCUGGCAGUGCCCACUGAGGAGGAGCCAGACUCAGCUGUCAAGACUGGUGAGGCCUGGUAUGAGGGGAACCUCAAUGCUAUGCUGCGGUGUGUGGACCUGUCACGAGGCCUUCCGGAGAACCCUGGCCCAACUGGGAACAUCCUCAUGCAGUUGAAGGUGACGGCGCUGACCAGCACUCGGCUCUGUAAGGAGCUAACUUCGUGGAUCAGAAGGCCAGGGGCUUCCUUGGAGCUGUGCUCUGAGAGGCUGGCAGAAGCCAUGGAUUCUGGGCGGGACCUCCAUGUCUCCUGCCUCAGCACUGAGCAAAACCAGCAUCUCCAGGCCUCUCUGAGCCGCUUGCACCGAGUGGUACAGCACGCCCGGGCCCAGCGAGUGAGGCUCCUGGUAGAUGCUGAGUACACCUCGUUGAAUCCUGCUCUCUCUCUACUGGUGGCUGCCCUGGCCAUGCGCUGUAACAGCCCCAGGGAAGGCGGGCCCUGGGUGUGGAACACUUACCAGGCCUAUCUGAAGGACACAUAUGAGCGGCUGAGGCGGGACGCUGAGGCUGCAGACAAGGCUGGCCUGGCCUUUGGAGUAAAGUUGGUACGAGGAGCGUAUCUGGACAAGGAGAGAAAAGUGGCCCAGCUCCAAGGGACUGAAGAUCCUACGCAGCCUGACUAUGAGGCUACCAGUCGGAGUUACAGCCGCUGUCUGGAGUUGAUGCUGACCCAUGUGUCCCAGCGUGGUCCCAUGUGCCACCUCAUGGUGGCUUCCCACAAUGAGGAAUCUGUUUACCAGGCAACCAAACGGAUGUGGGAGCUGGGCAUUCCUCCGGAUGGGCCUGUCUGUUUUGGACAACUUCUGGGGAUGAGUGACCACGUCUCCCUGGCACUGGGGCAGGCCGGCUACGCAGUGUAUAAGUCCAUCCCCUACGGCACCCUGGAGGAGGUGAUCCCCUACCUGAUCCGGAGGGCCCAGGAGAACCGGAGUGUGCUACAGGGUGCCCGCAGGGAACGGGAGCUACUCAGCCAAGAACUUCGGCGGAGGCUGCUGGGGUGGGGCCGGAGGGUACCCCAUUAGCACCCCCAGGGGUUAUGUGGUCAAUAAAGGUCCUGAGCUGCUGCC